AUGGCAGACAAGCCCCAGAACGACAACGACAACGCCAACGAUGCGCUCGCCGACACGCCGGAGCUCUCCUACAGAGUGGUCACGCGAGACCAGGAGAAGCAGGACGCGCUGCACCUAGUCGCUGACAGCAUCGCGCAGCAGCGCCAAACCGCCUCUGCGGCCAUCAUCUUCAACCCGCUCUGCAUCGCGGGGCUGUUCGCCAUGUGUGCUGGUGCAUAUCACCAAUACCAGCAUGCAGGCGUCGGUACCCUCAUGACAAUGAUUUGUGGCUCCAUCAUCUUGUAUCUGUCGUUCGUUCGGUUCUAUACGUCGGGUUAUAUUCAGCGAGCCGAGGAAUUUCGAUGGAGAGACCUCAUCACCGGCCCUGACGGCAAGCAAGACACCGUCAUCGCAGCCGUCUACGGCGACAACAUCAUCGGUACCGUCGUGCUGAGGCUGGAGGGCGAGGAGAUGAACAAGAAGAAGAAGGGCGCUGUGCAGCCCAGCACACUUGGUCGAGGCAUCAUCCGCGCCUGGACCACCAAGAUGCGAUACCGAGGAAAGGGAAUCGGCUCGGAUCUGCUGCACUACGCGGUGCAGACGACAACCCGUGCGUUUGGCCCAACCGCCAGCGUCGAAUUCGAUCCCAACCACCCAAACAGCAAGCACCCCAUUCCCGACAUGUUUCUCGGAACAUUCAAGAAGCGCCAGCAAAGGGCAGAAAAGGCGCUGAGACAGGCGUUGAACCAUCAAGGAAAACCGAGAUGA